UUCAAUCUAGAAUCUAGAUUCUAGAUGAGUUUUGUAAAUAAAAUUUUUGUUUAUCAAGUUGUAGCUAUUUUUACGUCAUCUUUGAUAUACUUUACUCUUUGAUAUCAACAAUUUGAUCAACAACUGUCCAGCAUGCCAACAGCUGACAGUUUGUAGUUUUUAUUAUUGCUAGUAAGCUUACUGUUUGUUUAUUUGUGAUUAUUAUCGACAUUUUGUUAUUUUAUCAUUUAGAUUUUUAUCGACUUCUGCUCAUGUUAAAAUCUACCUUCAAUUCAUUUUGCUCUGUAAAAAUGUGGUUAAGAAGUUUGAAGUUAUCUCGCCAAAUUUCCACCAAUUUCAUCCGCAAUUAUUCAGUUAAAGAACCAUCUUCAGAAGGACAUGUUACCACUCAUUACUCCAUUCACUCUAGAGAAUUGGAUCCAAGAUGGAAAGAUAUUUCUAUGGAAAGGGUUCAAGACGAAAGCGAUGUUGUUAUCGUUGGUGCAGGUCCUGCUGGUCUCUCUGCUGCUAUAAGACUUAAGCAGUUAGCAGCUAAAUCUAAUAAAGAGAUUAAAGUUACUGUUGUCGAGAAGGCUAGUGAAUUGGGUGGCCACACUCUAAGUGGUGCAUGCAUAGAAACUAAAGCCUUAGACGAAUUAAUCCCAGAUUGGAAAGAAAGAGAUUCACCACUGAAGACUCCUGUAACUAAAGACAUUUUUAGAUACUUAACCGAGAAAAGUGCUUUUAACAUUCCAAUAUUCAAAUCUUUGCCUAUGUACAAUCAUGGAAACUACAUUGUCAGAUUGGGUCACGUAGUCCAAUGGCUAGGUGGGAUCGCUGAAGAGCUUGGUGUUGAUAUUUACACUGGGAUAGCAGCCAGUGAAUAUUUAAAAAACGAAGCAGGAUACAUUGAAGGCAUUGCUACCAAUGAUGUUGGUAUUGCCAAAGACGGCAGUCCAAAGGAUUCCUUUGAAAGGGGAAUGGAAAUUCGAGCUAAAUGUACAAUAUUUUCAGAAGGAUGUCAUGGCCAUCUUGCCAAACGACUUUAUAGUGAUUUUAAUUUAAGAGCCAACUGUGAACCACAAACAUAUGGUAUAGGUUUGAAGGAACUUUGGGAAAUCAAUCCUGAAAAACACAAGCCAGGUACCAUUGAGCAUACAACUGGUUGGCCUUUGGACAAGCACACGUAUGGAGGAUCGUUCUUGUAUCAUUUAAACGAAGAAACUCCUCUGAUUGCCGUCGGCUUUGUAGUUGGCUUAGAUUAUCAAAAUCCUUAUCUGAGUCCAUUCCGUGAAUUUCAAAGAUUUAAAACUCAUCCAUCUGUCAGAUCAUAUUUCGAUGAUCCCUUAGCUAAUAGAAUAGCUUAUGGAGCUCGAGCUUUAAAUGAAGGUGGUAUCCAAUCUAUACCUAAACUAACAAUGCCCGGUGGAUGUCUUAUUGGUUGUUCUCCUGGUUUCAUGAAUGUGCCUAAGAUUAAGGGAACUCAUAAUGCCAUGAAGAGUGGAAUUCUAGCAGCUGAUGCCAUCUUUGAAGCAUUUGAUAGCGACAAUUUAUCCUCUGGUUUUGAACCCAGUCGAUAUGAGAAAGAUCUAAGGGAGAGUUGGGUUUGGGAUGAACUUUACUCAGUCAGAAAUGUUAGACCUUCCUUCCAUAACCCUCUCGGUGUUUUUGGUACAAUGAUUUAUACUGGAUUCUCGCAGUUAAUUUUACGAGGUAAAGAACCAUGGACUUUUUCCCAUGGUGGUACAGACUCUGCCAAAUUGAAGCCAGCUAAAGAAUGCCAACCAAUUGAUUAUCCAAAACCUGAUGGUAAAGUAACUUUUGACUUGUUAUCAUCUGUUGCUCUGACUGGAACUAACCAUGAAGGUGACCAACCAGCCCAUUUAACUUUACGUGAUGAUAAAGUUCCAGUUGCUCAAAAUUUAGCCAUUUAUGACGGUCCCGAACAAAGAUUUUGUCCUGCUGGUGUAUAUGAAUAUGUUGAAAAUGAAAGCGGGGACGGAAAGCAUCUUGUGAUUAAUGCACAAAAUUGUAUUCAUUGUAAAACUUGUGAUAUUAAGGAUCCCAGUCAAAAUAUCAAUUGGGUUACUCCUGAAGGUGGUGGUGGACCAGCUUAUAGUGGAAUGUAAUUCUUUAUAUUAUACAUUGAUACCAUAUAUUAAAGUUUAAUAUUUUAUGUGUACUUUAA